AUGGAACACUUGCGAGUACAGAUCUUUGAUUUUCUCAAAAACUUGCUUUCGAAACAACUUACGCAAAGUACGAAGAAACCAGAAUUUGUUGUUAUAUCGGCCGUCCUUUCUAGUUUAUCAAAAAUUAUAAGUUACAGUGGCAAUGAACUUAAAUGUGAUGAUGUGACAAUAUUGUACAAUGCAGCAAUCCAAAUUCUUUUGGCAAAUUUGGAUAAAAUUAAUCAGUACAAUCCCAUCAGAAGUGCCUGUAAACUUCUGAAGUCCUGUGCUAAACGUGCCAGUGUCUACGAUUGGGACAGAACUAUAGUCUACGAAAAGCAUAGGUCUACUCGCGACUCAUUUCAAAUUCUUUCUCGGAUGAUGAAGGAGAUUAUCCAUUUAGUUGAAGACAUUUCAGUUGCUCCUAUGCCUCCGAAGGCGUAUUGCCUGCCAGACUUACUUGAGGCUAUGGCCAACGUACUGGCAAUUCACUCUUCAUUGCAAAUGACGGAGGCGUUAUGGCGAUCUCUGAAAUUGGCGAUCAUUGACUGCUUUGAAUCUUAUCCUCGCCUUUCCCAAAGUGUUACCGAAGGCAUCGCCUACUGUAUUUUUGACACACUCGAAAUCCUGAAAAGCGAAAGCCAUCUAAUCUCAGUGAUUAAUGAGGCUUUCUACCAUGCCGUACUCCGAACAUGCUCCCAUUCGCCGAUUUAUCUUGGAGAUAGCGAAUCUGAUGGUGACAGUGAGACGGAGCGAGAGGUUGUGGAGGGAAAUUUGGACUCGAUCGACCAACCGAGCGUUUCCUUCCAGACGGAAAUCGCAAUUCCAAGACCUUCGUACCGGGAAUAUUUGCCACUAUGGCGGACUUUGUUGGGAUUGCCUACGGAAUUAAUGAUAAAGGUGGAGAGAUAUUCUCGAGGCACCACAGACCCCUCUCCUCUCAUAUUCCGACUCCUCCUGACAUCCUCCUUGACGAUUUUGAAGCGCCUUGAUUUCUCCUAUACAGAGUGCAGUAUGAACACUGCUGAGAUGGAAUCGCAGGUGGUUGUCAAAAUCCCUCAGGAUGUCCUCCUCCUUUCAAACAUGACCGCAUUUUUUGAAGAAAUUUUGCCGGACUGUUCGGUCGCCACCCACGAUGACCUUGUGACUUCCUUCUUGCAAAUCUGCCUUGAACUCGUGGAAAAAUACCCUCUGCUUAGUGGUCUCUACCGUCUUCUAAAACUCUCCGUCCUACUGGCUAAGCGGUCAGGCCUUUUCGAAGAGCACCACAGCUCCACCGUUCUAAUUCACCUAAGAUCAUUUGCAACCUCGUUGCUGGAGGCAUUUCCAUCAACAGGAGCCCUGUCCGCUGAUGACUUCAGUACUUCUCGCUGCUCUUGUCUCCUCGGUUUGCCUCUCGCAGUCUUCUCCCUUCACUCUGAAGACCGAGUUCUUAAACAAUUCGCUCAUGUCAUCAGCUUUGCCUGUCAAUUAGCGGGAUCGCAAGUUCGCUGUGUGGAUCUGGCAAACGCUGCAGUCUCCGCUGUUGAAUCCUGGUUGAGUGAGAUCGAACCCAACUCCCCAUUCUAUGCAAUGGCGUUUGGGAGUCUUAUGCCAGCAUUAGCUAGUCUACUUGAAGUCCAGCAAAAUAGACCUAUCAGGGAUAAGGCGCUGCCGCCUCCAAUUAGUCAGCGUUCACGGAGUUUAAAAAAUGCGGUUCAGGUCCGUCGGAAGUUGUGGACAAUCGCUAGAUGCCAAAGUCGACUAUAUUGUGAUUCAACUCUCAGCAAGGCGCAAAUGCGGGUUAUUGAACUCAUUGGUCGGAAUGCAAACUAUUGGAAACUUCUAAAUUUGGUUGGUUACAGUACUAGUGUUUCUCGACAAGCGAGAGUAUCGGCGGCAGAAUACUUACACGAGUAUAUAGUUUUUGGACUCAUCAAGCAGCGUGAAAUGUCCUCAGAUCCCAGUGAUCCGAUAGAGGAGAGUGACUCUGCGUAUUGGACUCUCCUCUUUCAUAUUUCAUUCAUUCUGGGAGCGGACACCGAUCAAUUAAUUUCCUGUCUCUUUCGUUGCCUCAUUUUCCAAUUGGUUCAUUGGUUCGCGGGCUAUCGAAUGGCAGGUUUGUGUGAAGCUAAGCUUUUGCAGAAAGUGAUUCUACGCAUUCUAAAUCUUACACCACCAGAAGAUGAUAUUUGUGGCUUUAUCGACUCACAGUGGCCCCUUCCUGAGUUGAUCCAAACAAGACGGACACAACUGGCCUCUGCCUGUCUUCAGGACUUCCUGAAGUGGAUGUGUUUCGAGGCCACAGGCACUAAGAGACGUCGUACUUCUAUCGGCAACCAAACAUUUGAGGAUCUGCUUCAGUUAACGUUGGAUGGUCUGUGUCAAGUUGGAGCUGCAACUCAAGUUUUCACCGAUACUGUAGCCAAUCUCCUAAGUGCUCGGCCGGAGAUGUGCUUUCGGUAUGUCUAUCUUCUCAUCGAUACCUUCAAGCGGUCCCUUCUAUCAGCACCGAAUCAAAGCUCCACCUCAGCCGCUGUAAAACGAGCAGUCGGAUUGCUAAUAGAAUUGUUAAAAGAAUCGCCAGAUGGUUUGAUAUUUGAAGACUGGACAACCCGUGAAAAACAGCCUCGUUUGACACGGGUUGGCAAAAGCACACCCAUAGUGGAAUCGCUUAAACCAACCUCCUGGGAAGCAGCUUCUGUCACUUCCUGCUUAAAAGCCUUACUGAUGGCUUGUCGUGACCCUCUCAACGGGAAAUUGUUCCAGAAACUUGUGGAGCAAGUUAUCUCAGCGUCUAACUUGCACCUAAUUCCAAAAAUACUUCCUGAUACGGGUUUUCUCUUAUCAACAUUCGAAUGCAACUUGGAUUCGCUGAGUGGCUUUCUUCGCUGUCUCGAUAACUACACGUGGCUGCUUUCGGCUAACCUUGUGGCCACCACGACUUUUGUUGAAGCAAUUCAACUUCCCGAAAGCCGAAUUAUCACACUUGUGAAGCGCUACUGUGGAUCUGAAGAGAAUAUGGGUCAAGAUGAAGCGACCGCAAUUAUGAAUUUCUUACUCUCCUUACUUCAUUCAAAACUGAGAGUGGAAUUGGGAAGUGUGUUUUCUGAGGACCACACUGUAUGGAGUUUUCUUGGUCGAAUCCUCUUGAGACCCAUAGCCACUGACGCCCGAUUGAUUGAUAAGAUAUCAUUUGAUGCGGAGGUGCUUUUAAGGUCAAUUAAUGAGUCAAAUCAGUGCUUGAUCUACCCAGCCAAUCUCCUAACUAUAUUGGGACUCAAUGAAGAGGAUGCCGUGCAAGCCAAUGCUCCAAACACAACCUUGUCUAUUCUACUCAAAUCCAUGGGCAUAUACUCUAGGGAACCUAAUAGAAGUAAAACGAACCAAUUGUGCAAUGGGAUCGCUAACGCAUGGCAUCGACAUAUCGAGCCCUGUUUGCAAAACAGCGAUUUCGAUAAGGAGGUCUGUGUUGAUCUUCUUGAAGCUGUUAUUUCUACCUCGCAAGUGGUGAGUUUUUAA